AUGCAGAGUGUUAAUCGGUUCCUGUUUGGACCGUCACAGGAGGAACGGGUGAAGCAGGUUCAAUCUCAAUUACGCAGUCAACAAAGAGGAUUAGACAGAGAGAUAAGACAGAUAGACGGAGCGACGAGUAAAGCAAAAGCAGAAGUGAAAAGGUUAGCAAAAAAAGGUGAUGUAAAGAGUGCAAAGAUCCUCGCAAGAGAAGUUGUAAGAAGUCAAAAACAAAAAAAUCGUUUAGCAACUUCAAAAGCAAGAAUGAACAGUAUAAAUAUGCAAUUACAACAUCAAUUAGCAAUGUACAAGGUUACCGGGAGUAUGCAAAAAUCUACCGAAAUUAUGAAACUUUCAAAUCAACUCGUCAAACUUCCUCAAGUUUCAAAAGUUAUGCGUGAAAUGAGCGCAGAAAUGAUGAAAGCCGGAAUUAUGGAAGAAAUGAUGGAUGAUACACUUGAUUCAGGGAUUUUGGGAGAAGAUGAAGACGAAUUGGAAGAAGAGGCAGAAGGUGAAGUGGAUAAAGUACUAUUUGAACUUACAGAUGGUAAAUUGGGUUCAACUACUGCAGGUCUACCCGAACUCAAAGCGCCGGCUACUGAGGAAGCAGUGGAUGACGAUCAAGAGCGUGAGGAUAUGCAACGAAUGCAAGACGCUCUGGAUGGUCUUUUGCGCGGUUAAGGAUUCGCUCAUGCUUUUGAUUGUAUUUGUAUCGUUUACUAUCUAAUAGAUUUGUCUUUUUUGAUCAUGG